AAUCCCUAAAAGUGUUUGCAUUGAUGUAAACAAAAGCAAUAUUUGUCUAACACUUACGUUAAGUAUUGAUUGAUAACAAACAUUGUCAUCGAUGGCCACAAUCGGUGCAAAUCAAGUAUUAGACAAAUCAUUUCACUAUAACUUUGAGCCAUUCUUUACGAUUCAACCAAAUAUUGAGACCCGAAGACAACAGUUAAAAGCGUGGCGUCAAUUGAUUUGCGAUUAUUAUGAAGUGAUUAAUGAACAUGUCUUGGAUGUUAACAAAGCCAUCAAUGAUCCCAUCUUUAAAAAUAAUAAAAUUAGUCGUCAGUUGUCUUUAGAUUCACUUCGAGUCAUAUUAGAUGACAUGCAGUCAAACGGUUUGAUUGAAUGGAUAGAUAAAAAACAAGACAAUUGUUAUGUUUAUUGGAAGAGACCUCAAGAUUGGGCACAACUGGUCCUUAAAUGGGUCGAUGAAAAAGCACUCAACAAUACUGUCUGUACUUUCUAUGAGAUUGUGUCCAGCGAUGAGACAAAGAAUUAUCCAUUUCAUGGACUCAAUGAGCAAAUACUGAUCAAAGCGUUACAGUGUUUAGAAAAACAGGGAAAAGCAGUCCUCAUGAGCUUUGAUAACAACUCUGGCGUCAAAUUUCUUUAAAUUUAUUUUAUUUUUUAUAUUUUCUAUAAAUAAUCUUAAAAUUGAUUGUAAUUAUUUGAUAAAUGAAAUGAAAAUAACUAAUAAUUUAACUAAAUUUAAACUUUUACUUAACAUUUGAACAGCCGUUCGGUCAGAC